AUGUCCAACCGGUUCGUGUCGGGUGGGACGAUAGGUUUCGGCGGCGAAAGCUCCGAAAGUGAUGCCGCUGCUGCACAAACCCAGCAAGAGCCAUUGCAGCCUUUGGCGAGAAACGCGGAAUGGGAGGCGGUACAGAAGGAGCUCGAGGCGGAGAGGAAGCACCGCGAGCAGGCGAGAUUAAAGGCCUCGACAGAGGGCGAGAAGUCGCUGUAUGACAUCCUGCAAGCUAACAAAGCCGCGAAACAGGCCGAGUAUGAAGAGAAGAAUAAGAUCAAGAACCAGUUCCGCGCGCUGGACGAUGACGAGAUCAGCUUCCUCGACGAUGUCCGGGUGCGGAGGAAGAAGGAAGAAGAUGCCGUCCGGCAGGAGACAGAGGAGGGGCUGAAAGCGUUUCGCGCGCAGCAGCAGGGCGACCACGCACUGCCGCCGCUGGACGACUUGGCCGAUGAGGAGUGGGGGGUCGGUAGGAAGAGGCGCAGGCCGGCGGCGGCAGGGUCAGGGAGGCAAGGUGACGGCACCAUCAAGGCGGCGAGGAGGAAGCUGAGUGGGGGUGCCGAUGCGGAUGGGAAGGCCGAGAAGGCGAGCGUCAAGGUCGUGGCCGAGAAAGUGGAAUGCAAGCCGGACGCGGCGUCAGAUGAAGGGAUUACGUCGGUGUCCACGAGGAAGGCAUCGACAACACUGGUGGACUACGGCUCAGACAGCGACGGUGAUUGA